AUUCAAAUGAUGGUGGUAUAAAGCCAUGACUUUUUUUGCAUAUAAUUUGGGCUUCUCUAUCCCAGACUGUGACAGGUAUAUUUUGACCACAGCUAGAUGUGCUUUUCUCCAAAUAAUGAGAUAGUCUUAUGCAUGUGAAUUGCAUAAUAGGUCUCAUUGAUUCUCAUAUCAAGUGACUAGCUAAGCUUCCCAGAACAAUGAAACAGAGACGAAACAACCAGCUUCCUCAUAACCUUCCACAGCUGCAGAACCUCAUCAAGAGAGAUCCACCAUCAUAUCGAGAUGAGUUCUUGCAACAGGUGCAUCACUUCGAGUCACUGGUGCAAAUCAUGGCUCUGAAUCCCCAAGCUAAGCAUCCAGACCUUGAAUCCUUGGUGCUUUUCUUGGCUCAAGUUGCUCACUGUUUUCCAGAGGAACUCAAAGAUGUUAAUCUUUGCCAAUGCAUCAUUGAUGUGCUUCGCCUUCACUUGGAAGUUCUUCAACCUGAUUUACGAAUGUCCCUGUGCAAGGCCCUGGUAAUGUUACGAAACAAAGACCUAGUGUCUCCAGCUCGACUAACUGAGGUGUUCUUCACCUUGGUGCCCCUGCCAGAUAGGAAGCUUCGUGAGUACAUUAAACUGAUGAAGGAACUGUACCGUAAAAAUAUCUGGCAUGAUGCAAAGACAGUGACCACUAUUGCAGAAACAUGCUUCAGUAAAGUAACAAAGGUCAUGGUUUCAGCAUUAGAGUUUUUUCUUGGGCGAGAUCCUGAGCUGAAAGAUCCAGAUUCUGAGUCUGAAUCUGAAACUGAAGUAAGAUAUUUCAGAGCUUGGGGAAUAGUGGUGGUGAAUUGGAUGAUAUUGAAUGGAUUUUUUAUAUUCAUGCAGGAAGUAAUAAAAAAUCCAAAGGAAAUGGUCAGGUCCAAUCGAGUAAAUAAAAAGUCUCGCAAGCGUCAAAAGCUCCUCAGCAGGUUGAAGACAGCUGUGAAAAAACAAAAAAACAAGAAGAAGGCCCCUGCAUUCAACUUUUCUGCCUUUCAUCUUCUCCAUGAUCCUCAAGGAUUUGCAGAGAAGCUCUUCCAUCAGCUUGAGAAAUGUAAUGAGAGAUUUGAAGUGAGGCUCAUGCAUGUGAUUGAAGCUCUGUUGAAGACAAUUGCCAAUAAUUUUGUCACUGACAGGAAUCGCAGUGAAGUCAUGGCAGUUGGUUUAAAUGCAAUUAGAGAAAUCUCUGCCAGGAGUCCUUCAGGUAUGACUGAAGAAUUGCUGGAAGAUCUGGCUGCCUACAAGUCACAUAGAGAAAAGCCAGUUGCCAUGGCUGCCAAAUCCCUCAUAACAUUAUUUAGGGAGGUCAAUCCUGCCCUCCUGCAUAAGAAACAUCGAGGUCUCCCCAAAGGACUUGAAGAAAACCAAGCAGGAAAGCAGGAGUAUGGUGCAUUGAAUGCUCUGGACUAUAUUCCUGGUGCUGGAGUUUUGAGAGAUGAUGAUGAUGAUGAUGAGGGACCAACAAAGGUGAGGAAUCCCCUAGUUUGCAUCCAUAUAUGGGAGUUAGAGAAAGCAAGAGAGGUGUCAGAAAACCAGAUUCUGUCACAAGAAGACUUCAAGAAAAUUGCUAAGGCGAAGGUAGAGCAUAUGGCAGGUAUAAAGUCCAUUCCCAGGAAAAGAAAGAGACAAGCUGACAGUGAUUCCAGUGAAGAAGACACCAGUGAGGAAUCUUCAGAUGAAGAAUCAAGGAGAAUGCCUGGGUUGGUAUUAACAAAAGAUAUAGGCAUGGUUCAGGGUCUCAAACGUGCUCAUCACAAGGAAGCCCGUCUUGCCUCUAUUGAGGCUGGAAGGGAGGGUCGAGAGGGGUUUGCAAAGAAACUCAUGAGAAGUAACCCAAAUGCAUCUACAUCCAAUAAGGAGAAGAAGAAGUUGAAGCCAUUCAUGAUGGUCAGGCCGAAGUUGAAGAGGAAAAAUAAACGAAGCUUUGUACAGAAACAGAUUGCCCUUCGAAAUGCACUUCUCAAGCAAAAGAAGUUGAUUGUGAAGUGAAGUUCUCAUGCAUGAUCUUUCAAGAAUAAAUUACUCUACCAU